GUGGUAUAUUUGUUUAUGUAGAACCGUCUCCUCACUUUCACCUCGUCUCCAAGCCAUCUCUCUUUCCCUUCCUUCCUGGGCGCAAAACACACACACACACACGCACUAGACUAGACUGCCUUACAUUAGGGUUUUUGGCGAUCCUUUUCAGGCAAUUAGAAGUAGGAUUAGAAUUAGAUUCUCACAUUUAAUAAACCCAAUCUAUCCAUGAAGCAAAUCUAUCCUAAAUCUAUCUCCUCAAACUUUGUUACAGAUUAGCCCUAUUUUUGUUUAAUUCAGUUUCUGCAAAAUCUUCUCUCUUUCUCUCGCACUCAGACACUUCUGCUGGAGAUUUACUGUUUCGAUCAAUGGCGUCGACGGUGCCGGCGAAAUCUCAGCCGCUUCACAAUUUCUCAUUGUCGCACCUGAAAUGGAAAGGCAAUCACCAACGUCCUCGCUCGGCUUCAUCUUCCGCCGCCAGGCUAUCUGCCUCCGGCUCGCCUCACCGAUCGCCGCCUUUCAGUCAUGAUUCUCCUCCGCGGAGGCAGUCGCUUAACUCUCCCUUGCGCAGCGCAGCAGACUCAGUUGCUGCAUCAUCUCCGUCUCGUCAUGCAGCGAUGCUCGGCGGCGAGGACUCAGCGGCGUCUCCGAUGCUACAUGGAGAUGGCGCAGAUGAAUUAACUGCGCCGCUACUGAAUCAGUCUCCUGUCCGUGGCAAUGGAACCGGAAAGCUGGAGUCUUGUGUGAAAAGCAGCAAGCCUUUAAUUGAGUACCGGAGGCACUCUAGACCUUCGGUUUCUUCUGUUGUUAAGAAUGGAGUAUUUACAUCAUCGCCUGAUCGAGAUGAGAGAAAAUUGAAGGGGGCAGGGGCAGGGGCAGGGGCAGAGGCAGAGGCACAGAAUACUGAAAGCAGAUCUUCGAAGUUUCUGAUUAAAAUCCGGCAGAAAACCACCAAGUUUGCGGAGGAAAUUCAACCUGAAGAGGAGGGAAAAGCUGAGGUAAAAGUCCAGGAUAAUGAGGUUCAGGACGAGGGGAAGCUACUGGCUAGUUUUGAUGACGACGAGCCGUUGCAAAAGACAUGGAAUUUUAGGCCAAGGAAACCAAUAAGGCCGUCGCUGAAUUUGAAUGGAAGUGGUUUUAAGAACAAUGGAUCCACAGUGCAGCACGCAAAAAGAGCUCAAUCACCGCAGGUGAAUCCCAACAGUGGUAAUAGAUCAGAGAAUCAGAAGAAGGAGAAGAGGAAGAUUGGAUUCACACUUGCCCUCUCGAGAGAAGAGAUUGAAGAGGAUUUGUUUGCUUUACUGGGAUCUAAGCCUUCUAGGAGACCUAAGAAGAGAUCAAAAACUGUUCAGAAACUAAUGGAUAAUGUGUUUCCAGGUGCUUGGUUGCAAUCUAUAACUGCGGAUUCAUAUAAAGUUUCUGAACACCCUGGAAAGGCUUAGCUUAGGUAACAUCUUUUGGGAUUGUCCUAGUGAUGGAGGUUUCUGCAAUUUUUUGAUGCAAUCUGAAGAAAUAAUCAGCAGCACUGACUUGUAUAGAUGAAAGGGAAGUUUUUUGGUCGGGGGAAUAAGUUCUUUUCCAUCAUGUGGCUAGCUUUUGCUGUUUUCUUUUGCUCUAUCUAAUUGUGGGCAGUCAGAGAAUUGGGUGAACGUAGUUUGAUAUAUUAGUAGUUGCAGAUGUACAUAUGAAUUUUUGGAUAACUUAAUAGAGUUUUCUUCAGUUCUAUGUUGCUUAUAUAGAAUCAAUUGACAGCUUUUUAUUUGUGAUCAAAUUUUGAUUAUGCUGUUGUUUGUUGGUAUCUUCUUUUUUGAUGGCUUCUGAUAUGUCAAGACAUAACAAGGUGUCUCCUGGUUGAUGAAUGUGGUUAUCCUAGUCCAUCUAGUAGAGAUGUUGGCCUCUGUGAUCGUUUGCAAUUACUGUUGAUGUUAUAACCUUAUAUUUGUCAUCUUUGACAUCCUUUGAAUAGUUUGAUAAUAAUUAGGACUAAUAAUAUUGUCCAACUUUUUUGUUCUCAUAGUAUGCUGAGAGCUGAUCAUGGCUUUUGGUACUGCGGUUUAAUACUCUAAACACAAAAAUCUGUCUGUGGACUGAACCCUGUGUAUGCUUUUUGGUUAUUUUGCUGAAGGGUUAGACUGAGAAACCAAAGGGUUAGUCAUAUUAAAGUUUACCUAUUGUUCCUUAGGUAGUUGUCUUGCUGUUUAAUGCCAUUGAAAUUCCUAUUCUUUUUAGCGUGUGGCGAAGAUCAGGCUGAUUAAUCCAAAUUCUGCUGAGAGUUUAUAUGGAGGAUUUUAAAGCUGAGGCAGGUCUGGCUGGCCCUGGCAGUUGAUUUCUUUGAAAGGCAAAUGGUAUUGUUGGAAAAGAAUUUCAAGAUUCGUUUACCAACACAUGCAUGAACAGAAAUUAGAUGCUUGAACCAUAUUUCACCGAAGUCUCAGCUUCCAGUGUUGCUUUCUUUGCCAUGAUUUCACUUUUUACCUCAUCUUCUUAUUAAAAGAUACUGUAGCUUGGAAUUUUAUCACCUAUUUAUGAUAAUAUUACGCUUGCACUUGGCAGCUACGUUAGUUGUGAAUUAUGUUCUCAAGCUUAUUCUACAUGUGCAGUUGUUUUCUUAAUGAGGAGAUACCUCUGGCCUUGCAUUCUGAAAGCUAUUUUUUGUACGUCGGGGUACUGUAAUGUGCUAUAUGACUGAAGAACAUCCGUGCUUUGAUGUUGCUGAUUUGCCUUCCCUCUGUCGUAGCUCUUCACCAUUUUCUGUACCGGGGUAACCAUCUUUUUAGUCUGUUUUUGCUCUCUCUAUCCAGAUGCAGCCUUUUUGCCCGUGUAGUUUUCCAAGUUAUUUGUUCCGUGCAGUCCGUCGACUGUUGGAAUAUACAUCUUGACGUAGUACAAUGGUGCUUGCAUUUCAAUUGCCAUUAGAUGGUACCAUCACGCUCAAUUUCCAAGUACCCUAGCUGAAUGAGCUGCCUGAGCCUGUAUUCAACUUGUGCUCCUGUAACAAUGCAUGCUGUGCCUGCUGGGUUAUGGCCUUGAGCAAGAUGGGGGGAGAGAACGAGGGGAAUGUAGUUAAUACCAUACCAUUUAUGGAUUAGGAAUGUACCAGACACCUUUUUGCAUUUAAGUAUUUGCUUUUGUAGUUGUCAUGCUGUUUUAUCUAGAAUCUUCGAAAUAGGAAUCUAUUGACACGAGGCAUGUAGCCCUAAUUUGGCGUUGGUAAAGAUCAAUUACUAUGGUUGCCCAUUUGUGGAAUCAAAUUUAACCGAAUUCCGCA